AUGUCUGAACGUGGAACUCACGAACCAUACUUCGGGUAUAACGCUCUGGUCGACUAUUUACAAAUCUAUAACAACAAGUCGUACCGCAGUUUCCUCGAACUUAAUCGUAAUACCAUAAUUUCCUCCAUACUUUCUUCAACAACGCGUUUCAGCUGGAAUGAUCUUGACAAUCUUUGGGCAGGUCGUUUUAUAUGUGAAGGAACUAAAUUUGAUACUUCUUUGGACAAAAAGCCUAUUGUGGAUACUAUUAAUCGAGAAGGGGACGAAAUAGGAGAAUAUGAUUAUAAUAACCCACCACCAUCAAGACGUUCCGUAAUAUCAUCCCCAUACUUCCUUCAUCAAAAUAAUGUGCGAGCACGACUGAAAAGAUUUGCUUACAAAGUAAUAUUCUACGAUGCUCCUCAACAAAUACCGGAAGAAGUUGAUACUCAAGAAUCAGUUCUUUGUGGUGUUUGCCUGGAUGAAAUUAACCCACAAAUUUCGAAACCGAUCACUAUAUUAGUUUGCGGACACUACAAUUGUCUUGAACAAGGAUCCUCCUCUGAUGUACAUUGUACAGUGUGUCACGGAAAAAAUUCGAAUAACAAUGCAUCAUCUACUUGUUCAGAAUUACCUGUAAUUUCUCAAUCAUCCGAUUCAACUAUUGAAACUUACUCCGAUGAAGAAAAUGAUAUAGGUUCUGUGGAUCCAAAUCUGGUACAAAACGUUAUUCCUUCUGAAACGGAUCUUGACAAUAUCCCUAAACAGGUAGUAAACAUCACUUCUGUUACACCUAAUCUCAGCGAAAUUGAGCAAAGCUCAGAAUCUGCGUCAUCUAUCUGCACAGAAACUAAAUCAUUGGAGGAUAGGGAGGUUGAUGAAUUUCUGGUUGAAAGACAUAAUGAACAGAUUAGUAACGAGAUUAGAGAAAGAAACCGGGAAAAGAAGUUCAGAUCUCAAGACCUAUCUUCGGAUAACAUUUCGCAAUCUAAUAAAAACAAAGUACAGAAAUUUAUGUUAGAAGUUUCUGAAAACUCUAGUCCACAAUUACAAUAUACCGAUUCUAUUAUCUCCGAAGGAGGCACGGCUAAUGGUAAUGUAGAUAUGGACGUGACUUCUACAACCCCGAAUGAAACAAAAUUUCAACCCAGCAAUACUAACUUUACGCUUUUAUAUGAAAAGCUUUGUGAUGCUAUAAUUCUUGCUGAUCGUAAAACCCAAGAAGCUAUCGUAUGUUAUUGCCUAUUUGGAAAGGCUCUUAUUCAAAGACGUAAUGAAAUAGCAUCGGAAAAACAAGUUGAUCCAGAAUCCAAUGCUGUUAGUAGAAUUUUAAAUAAAGAAGUAAAAGCACAGUUACCCGCAGACACUUCUGAUAGCCUUUUACGUAAGAGAAUUGAAAAAGCAAAGAAGCUUUAUAAACUUUUUGACGCAAUAGAUAAUGUAUCCUUUGAUUAUAGCAUUCAAAUUGAGUUACAUAGUGAUGAGAAAAAUCCUGAACAUGUGACCCAACUUUGUGAACCGAGUCCACGAACAUAUACGGAAGAGACUGGGCUCGAUCCCUGGAUAAAGUCUGAAACUUCCGAAUCUUCUCAAAUCAAAAAGGAUACUGAUAAUUAUACGAGACAUGACGGUAUUAUCAAGAUUUCUAAGUUUCCGGAAGAAAAAAGUAUAAUCCUUGAUGCGGUACAUAAACGCUUCCCUUUCUUGUCUUACACUAAUUCGAAUGCAUGGCAUCGGGAUGUAUUUAAAUAUACUGAUUCAGAAGCUAAAUGUCCGAUAUGCAAAGAAAUACAUACACGAUAUUGUAUAUGGGGUGAUUGGAGCUGUUUAGGUAAAGAUGAUCAUUAUUAUCUCAAUUGUUCAUUUCGUAUCGAUCAAAAGAAAAUUAUAAUUGCUAAACAGAUCUCAUGA